GGAAUAGAUCACAGCGUCUCGCCGACUGUGAAAGUAGAUAGAUCCCAGCGAAAAACAAAGAGUGCAUUCAAGAAUUAACGAAACAUUUGGAAGGCCUACCGUGAAGUGUUCAGAAUGAAGUGUUUGAUUGUGUUUUCGUUGUUAACAUUGGGCUGUGCCGUGGCGCAGGAUUUCAACGAUGGACGCUAUUAUCCGGAACUGCUGAGGGGCAAGUUUGAUGACGGACAAUAUCGACCGGACAAUGGCGGAGCUUAUCGUCCAGGAAGCGCUGGUGGCUUCGUGCAGAGAGGAUCUGGUGGUUCCGGAAAUCGACGAGGAUCCAGUGGUUUCAGUUCUGCCAACUCCGCCAAUCGCUUUGGCUCAUCCAACGGCAACAGAUUUGUAAACAGCGCUCAAGACAAAUUUGUGCCAGUAUUUGCUCAGGCACCCGUACCAGUAUUUGCCCCGGUAUCGUCUGGUUUUGGCGCCAGCAGCAAUAACCGAGGAUUUGGUAACUCCGGAGGAUCAAGUGCAUCUCGUGGCAGCCAGGAAGGUGUCAAGGAAGAUACCCGUGAAUUGAACGAAGAUGGUUACUUCUAUCGGUUUUUGACCGAGAACAAUAUUGAAGUCGCUCAAACCGGGCGCAUCGAGAACCGUGGUACCGAAAGCGAGGUUCUGCGCGCUAAAGGAUUCUACGAAUUUGUUGGAGAUGAUGGCGCACGUUACCGAGUGGACUACAUUGCCGAUGAAAAUGGAUUCCAGCCUUCGGGUGAACACCUGCCAACACCGCCUCCAAUCCCAGAGGAAAUCGUUCGUUCUUUGCAACUUCUGAGUCAGGGAUAAAUUCCCAGAAAUGUGUAGUGUGUAAAGAUGUAGUUAUAGGAUAAUGAAUGAUCGAGUAUACCAUACGCUGUGGAGUUUACUAUAGGAAAUAUAUGUUGAUUUUAUUUCAAAA